AUGACAAAUUUGAAGUACUGCAACAAUGUAGCGUCACGCCGCCCCUCGGGCUUCCGAUUGAGCCAGGUCAAGGAAGAGACCGAAGACGAUCUAUUCGUCUACAACAGUCACGUGGAACUUCUCGAAUCGUCCUCCAGCUCGAUUGAAAACAACAACGACAAAAACUGCCAGCACAAGAGCCGAGAAAACAAACGAAAGCAAAGUAUGGAGAAGAAAAUGUUGAAGCUUUUGACUCUUCUUUGCUCAGCCUCAACAGACCAAAUCGACUAG